AUGUGCAUUACGAUGUGCGCUUUGAAUUGCUGUUGCUUGUGCCUGGCAUGUCUUUCGACAUUGCUCAUGCUGUUUGGGGCACUCCUAGUGCCGCAAGUCCAUACAGAGUUCUACCGCUUAUCCGCGUCUCACUUGGACGGCACUCCGCUGUUCAUGGCCGGACUCGUCACGCUAGGCCGGCACUUUACUUAUUGUCUGGGUGACUACUUGGGCUGCGUCAAAGACGAGGCCGCGCAUGACUUGACCGCGACUUUCACCUGGGAAACUGGCGUGGGGCUGAUGCCCGCUUUGGGGCCCAGCAUGAUGUUCCACGGCCAGCGUAUGGUCUCGGUGCGCUUCUCGCACAAGGAGUAUCGCGGAGCGGCUUAUGAUCCACACGCAGGGCGUCCUGUUGACAUGAUGGUUGCCUCAAACAAGUCGUCGCUGCCGGCAGGAGUGCUCCCGGACCUCUCUCCGGACAUCCUGCUGAAUUUCGACACCGGCUCCAAGGAGCACAGUGACAGGAGACAUCUCCUGGCCGACGCGCUGCCGGCUCUGAAGUGGGAUGCGGAGCUGCCGGCUUUCCAGAUCCCGCCGGGGGUGUUGCCGGGAGAUGCCAGCAACAAACGGUCCGUCUUUGACGUCGUUGGUUACAACUUGUUCCGAUGUCUCUUUGAGGUGGAUCUUGCAAGCGAGCUGGCGAGCCUAUUUGAAUAUGAUGCCACCUUCACGCCGGCGGUGCUUGGGGCACCGUUGCUCGGGUUCCAAGGCCGUCGCCUGGCCGAGAUCCGGAGCACCGUUUUCCAGAAGGUGGAGGCGGGGGAGGUCGGGAAGAGCUUCAUGGCCUUAGCCACGGAGCGAUCCAUGUAUGGCAAGCAGCGGCUGGAUGAGAUGGUUUGGAUCGCGCUCUUUGCCGGCUACGGUGGUACGGGCAACUUAGCCUACGAGACCCUGCGGAUGAUUCUGAAGGACCCGAGCAUGAUCAAGCUCUUCCGCCGCGAUCCGGAUGCCUUCAUGCUGGAGGCCGCGCGUGUGAGGCCGCCCGUGGGCGGCAUGAACCCCUACCAGUUCCGGGAGCCGCAGGAGAUCCCGUUGCCCUCGGCGGGCAGGACUUGGACAGCCAGAGCAGGGGAUCUGGCUUUCAUGCUGACCAGCGCGGCCAACAAUGACCCGCUGAUUUUCAAAGAUCCUUCUGCCUUCAUCCCUGGCCGAGAGAACGCAGAGCGACUGCUAUCUUGGAACAACGAGUGGGGGGACUUCAAGAGCUGCCCCAGCGUGGCCGGGUGUCCUGCGGCGCCCCGGGGCUGCCCUGGCACCUUCUUGUCCAUGCACCUGGCCAAGAACGCAGUUGCCUUCUUCAUCGAAGGCAUGGAGGCCAAGCUGAAGAGCCCGCAGCGGCUGCAGAUUGGUACAGACAUCGACAGACGGCAAAUAGACGCGUUCGAAAGGGCCCGGGGCCUCAUGCGGGCGGCGCUGGCCCGUGAGGACGCGAUGUUUGCAGACGAGGCGCUGGGCGUGCUGGGCCGCUUGGAGCACCACCGCAAGCUGCGGCUCACAAAGUCUGAGCUGCGCUCCUUUGCCUUGCCGCUGCUGCGCAGGGCUUUGCGGUGGCGCUGCCCCAGCGACGUGGAGGCUGCGGAGGAGUUGGCGAGCUUGCGUACGUGCAGACGGACGCCUGAAGAACCGCUGGAUUCGGAGCAAAGACCUUUGUCGGUGCUGGCCACCGAGCUGAUUCCCAGCUGGCUGGAGGAGGCUGGUGACGCCAGAGCAGACCGGCUCAAACUGGCGGCUGAAGCCUGGGAGGCUCUGAAUGUAGAGGUCUGCCUCGAGCUGGGGGCCUGUCGCGAAGUCCGUCGGUCCUUGGAGGUUCUGCUGGACAAGCAGGCCACUUGGGACCCAUCUGAGCAGGUAGACCUGCGCCUGGCGCUGCAGCCUCUUUUCCUCGCGGAUUUGGAGGCGAUGCGAAUCAAUGCGGUGCUCCAAUGCUUGGCUUCCGACAGGUUUUGCCUGAGCAUUGCGCAGAACCUGGGCGGUCGAAGGCAGCAGGAGGACCGCCUCGCCGCUUGCCCGGCCUUAGGUGACGGCGAAACGGCCUUCUUCGGCCUUUGGGACGGGACCGUGGAUGACUUUGCGGCCGAGCAGGUGAAGCGGCUGGUGCUGCUCAAGCUGCUGGCCUCUCCUGGCUGGGCCGCAUACCAGGCGCGGAAGCGGGAUGGCGGAGCUGCCACGUCCUGCCAGGAGCACCUGGAGGCGGGCAUGCGAGACGCGAUUAUACAAGCUGACGAGGAGCUCAUUUGUCGCUGCCGGGAAACGCAGAACCACUAUUCCAGCUGCACGGGGGUGAUGGUCCUGCUGGCGGAUGACGUGCUAACUGUCGCAAGCCUAGGGGACUCCCGGGCGCUGGGCAUCAUGGAUGCAUUCCUCCGCUGCGAGCCCCUGACUUGCGACCACAAGCCUGACUUGCCCGCCGAGCGGCGAAGGAUCGAGGAAGCCGGCGGCUUUGUGGCGGUGAAUGGCUCGCCCGCGGUGAGACGCCAAAGCAGCUGCAGUACUCGCGGGCCUUUGGGGGCAAGGACUUGCAGCCGUACGGGCUGUCCAACCAGCCUGACAUCAAGCAAAUGGUCUUGGACGUCAGACACAAGGUGCUGA